AUGGGCAGAGCCAAAGCCUUCUUUGCCAAGUUCUUGGACCUCGAAGAAAGGCAGCCCAGUCCACCAAAGCCUGCCGACAUCGAGCCACCAGUGGAUGCUUUCAACAACCUCACCAUUCACGAGCCUCUGCCAUCGCCUACACGGACAAGCUAUGCAACGACGCAUUCAUUCGUUGGCGGAUUCCAACCUUUACCGCGUCCUCCAGCAAUGACUAUGCCCCAUCCAGCUGUGUCUCUUACCAUGCAGCAUGCUUUGAACCUUCCACUGCCAGAGGAACCUCCCCGGGCCCAUUCAGCCCCAGAGGUCCCACGGCAACGAUAUCCUGUGCUAUCUUCGACCCCUGCCUCGCCUUCGCCCUCGGCACGAAGCUCGUCACCAGCAGCAGAGCCAAAAAUGGGACGACCGCGCGCGUCGUCAACACCUCCAGAUCCAAACGCGUCUCCAGAUACCCAAUGCUCUGGUAUCACAAAGACGGGAAGGCGCUGCAUACGACAAGUCAAGAACUGGGGAGCUGCGCUGCCUGGAGUGGAACGAUUCUGUCAUCAGCAUAGGAAAGAACUUCUUGACCCUAGCGGAUUUUACGUCCGAAGGAAGGGCGCUGAAGGGUCAGAGUGGAUCGACUUUGCAGAUUACAUCCCUUCAUAUCUUCAACCAGAUACACAAGUGGCUCUACGUGUAGAGAUGGAGAAAGCGCGUUCUCAGUCCGAUGUCGAGGGGUAUAUCUAUACCUUUGAGAUUAGGAACCCCGACGAUAGCAAAACCAUCCAGCUCAAAGUCGGACGUGCGGUCAAUGUUGUGAAACGAUUGAAUGAGUGGGGCAAACAAUGUGGUUCAAAGGAGCAGGUUCUUAGAGGUUUCUACCCUGGUUCCGUCGGGGAUGGCGGAGAUGAGACUUCCUUGAUGAAAGGACGUGUCAUUUUGCCGGAGGGUGGGAACGAGGACGUCUGGUGCCACCGACUGGAGCGGCUGAUACACCUCGAAUUGGCGGACCUGGCGGUAAAUGCGGCAUAUCUUCAGCCGGGCUGGAAGUCCACCGGGAGUAUCUCGACCACACCGUCUUCUGUUGCUUCUCCGAAGAAAAGAAAUGGUAGGAUGGGCAAUGGAAACGGUGGGCGGGGCCAGCCGUGUCAGGAUUGUGGGGCCAUUCAUAAAGAAAUCUUCGAGUUUCAGCGUAUCACAUCAGGUCCCUACGCGGGAAGGGAAUGGGAUGGUAUCGUGAAGAAAGUUAUAGAAGAGUGGGGAGUAUUCGUGCGAACGUACGUGUAA